AUGUCGUUCUCGACCUACCUCGGCGUAUUCCUCGCGGGCUACACGGCUGUCGUCCUCGGCUUCUACACCAUGUCCUUGGUCAUUCCUAAAGCCGGGUUCGUCGCGCGCUCCCUCGCGGCCUACAUUGGGCUGAUCAUUUGCGCCAUCUACGGUGUCGUCGCCUCGAUCGUCCUGCGCAUACUCGGCAAAGAACAGAUUGCACAAUGGACAACCGCCCGCGCCUUCAAGUACCUCAUGGCCGCGACAACCGGCGUCACGUUCGUGGUGGAAGAUCCCAACAAUGUGCUCGGCACCACGCGCCCCGCCGUCUUCAUCGGCCCUCACCAGACCGAACUCGACGUCCUGAUGCUUGGAUGCAUAUUCCCUAAAUACUGCAGUGUCACGGCCAAGAGCUCUCUCAAGAAGGUCCCUUUCUUGGGCUGGUUCAUGACCUUGAGCGGCACCGUCUUCAUCGACCGCAAGAACUCCAAGGACGCGCGAUCGGCCAUGGCUGGCGCAGCUGCGCAAAUGAAGGAUCGCAAACAAAGCGUAUACAUGUUCCCUGAGGGUACUCGGAGUUAUGCCAAGGACCCAAUGCUCCUGCCAUUCAAGAAAGGCGCUUUCCACCUUGCUGUGCAGGCUGGCGUGCCCAUCGUCCCCGUGGUUGUUGCAAACUACUCUCACGUCCUCUACCUGAAGGACUUGACUUUCAACGCUGGCAAGGUCCCAGUCAAGGUGCUCGAUCCCAUCCCCACGGAGGGAUUGACGGCCGAAGAUGUCGAUGAAUUGACCAGAUCGACGCGGGAGCUCAUGCUCAAGGAGAUGGUUGCGUUGACAGAAAAGGCCCAAAAGCGAGCGAUUGCUAUGCCGUCAAGCACCAGCAACGGAACCGGAAACGGCGUUGUUCGUGCUAGCGGCGUCGAAGCAACCAUUUCCUCCAAAUAA